ACCUUGGCUCCAGGAGGACCUCUGUAUGGGUGUCUGUCCACCUUACCCUCUGGCUGAUUGUUGCUUAGUGAGUGCGGCAGUGAAGAGCCAUAAAAGUUUUAAGUAGUUAACAUAGGCUUUUUUUGUUGUUGUUGCUCUUUACAGUGGUGAUUUAAAUUGGGAAAAUGAUCCACUGCAGAAUCUUGGGGGUUGGAGUAGAAGUGACGUGCAGAAUCUUCAUGCUGUCAGCUCAGCCUGUUCGUACAUAUGCUGAGUGUGGCAUAUUUAACUACAGGUUAACUUAGGAGCUUGUAAGCUUUAAGGUUUUGUUGGUUUUUUUUAGUGUUUUUUUUUUAGUGUUUCAUAGCAAAAUAUUAAGAUAAAAAUAUUAAAAUAACAAGUUUUUACACUUAAAAUCUGUCAUCCAGUUUUCCUGCCACUUCACAUCACUUUGUGCAAUUCUUGUGGGAUAGCUGGUACUGUGCCAAGUUAAACUUGAUUUCUGCUUUGGUUUGAAGCAAGGAAGGAUGAAGACUAUGGACUUGAAAGGAAAGGAAAUAUGCAGGGAUAGAAGAAUCACUAUACUUGUCAGAAUUCUCUGUUCAGAGGGGUAAUUAAAUCACAGUGCUCAAUUGCCAGGAGCUCAGCUUAGUAAUUUGCAAACCUGGUAAAAAAAAGGGAAUGGUCACAUAAUUGCUCUUUGAUUGUUCCUUUUUUUUUUUUUUUUUUACUCUUUUUAAUUUUAUCUUACUUUAUUGGGUAUAAGAAGGAGUGAGGAAUGCUUAUUUUGACAAAAAAGGACCUGAUCUGGGGAGGUGGCCAAAACCAAGAUGAUGUCUGUACUCUUUAAAUAGCACAUCCUCUUUCUGUCUGCUUUUAUGUGUAUGCUGUUUUGUUGGUUUUUUUUCCAUUCUGUUGCUUAAGUGACUUUGGCUAUUUCUGUCUGAACCAAAAUGUAAUGUUUUCUCCCCUCUUUUGUUAGCUGCUUCGUGACAGAGUAAAAACUGGAUGCGAGUUGUGCAUUAGGAAGUGAUUGAUGUGUGCUUGUGCAGCUUGUGGCACUAUGAGAAGCACUGGUGCUGAUGUUUGCUAGAAGUAGAUUGAAAAGGCAAGAAAAUGAAAUUGUGCUUCUGCUCAGAAAACCUGUUGUAAAACUGUGGGGCAGGAAGCAAUUCCGCAAACAAAAACUCCACUUGUUUCUGCGGGACAAAAUGAAGAGGUUUCUUCAAGGCCAGGUAGAUGAGAAUCCAAACCAUGCUCAUCACUGCCAGCUCUCCCCAGUGGAGAUUGAAACGGACAUGUUUGUUUGUGGAAUGAAGAGGAGCUCAGCGAGCACUGAAUUUUCUGCUGCUGGAGGGGACUUUCAUCAGGAUGGAGGACGUGAUUCCAAAGGAGUGAGCGAAGUGUGUGUUGGCGAGGUGGAACUCAACUGGGAUGGUUACGUGAAAAUACCAUGCUCAGUCCAACAGAACAAGAAGGACUUACAGGGAACUUCUUCUGAUAGUACAAUGCAGACCUCUUCUGAAAGAAAGGGCAGAGUGUCUGAGGGACAGGACCGUUCUUCCCUGAGCGUUACCAUGAGCUGGAGCGAGGUAGCUGAAAGGCAGGAUUACUUUCUCCAGGAAACCCCCACCACAUACAAGAGUCGUAGACGGCAAUCGAAAGAUCGCUCAGCUGACGUGGUUGAUUAUAUUGUUAAAGAGCUCCAGGGAAUAAGUCGCAUCCAGACAGAGAUUGCAGAGCUCCGGGAGCAUCUCACGUUGAUAAAAGGCUCUGUGGAUGAAGUCUCCAGCUGUGUGGACACGGUCUUGAGUGAGAUAGAAGGCCUGCAAAGUGGUUCCGCAAGCAAAACCCAGGGUACACAUGCUCGGGAGUCAAGUAAGGAGGCACACAAGGAAGAGCCAGUGUUGUAUUUUUAUGGCAUCCCAGAAGAAGAUGGUGAGAACACACUAGAGCUUAUCUGUAACUUCUUGUCUGAAUAUCACUGUUUCAAUGGUAUCCAGUACAGUAAGUAUAUAAAAGAUGCUUAUAGAUCAGAUAUUGGAAAAGGCAAGCCACUAACGCCAAGACCAGCAGUUGUGAAACUUGUCAGUUGUGAACAGAGAGACUUUAUUUUACAGAAGUCUGCCCUUCUGCAAAGCUCAGGGGUCCGGGUUGCUACCAGUGAAGAGCAGAAGCAUAAGAGUGGCCAAAGGGGCCACAAAACAGAUUCAGUCUCUUCACAGGCUGGCUUCAAGAAGAACCAUCGCAGCUCAGUGGAUCCUGAUGGAGGUGGGCACCUUCGAACGGACUCAGGCCAGGUUAAGAAUAAAAGCACGAGCAAGAAAACACAGUGUGUAGGGGAGAGACUUGAUUCUGUGCAAAAAUCAACCUUGACUAAGAAAAGCAAUUUGGUGCCUGAAAGUGGGAAGGAAGCACAGUCAAUAAGCUGCAGUGAGCAUCCUUCAGAUGACAGUCAUCACCAGGCCCUUCAUGAAUCUCUGCAAAAUCCUCAGGUGAGCAGUUUGACCAAAUCAAGUGAUGGAAAUUACUGCUGCUCAUCUGACUCUUCAGGCCAUGCAAGCCAGAUAUCUGCUUCAAGCAAUAGCAGCGAGCACAAGCUUGACACUGAAAGUAUCACUGAGAAUUGUUCUUCCAUUCUAGAUAAAGAUGAAGGGAUAACCACAGAAGAGAUUGACAUAGAUGGUGAUAACCCAUGCAAACUCACCGGUGUGGAGAAAGCUGAUAUUCAAAGAGAAGAUGUUUCUAGUGGGGUGACAACUAUUAGCUAUGAUCAUACAACAGAUGAAAUGGCUGACAGUAGUGACAGUUUGAAGGAUAUGAUCCAAAUGGACCUGAAUGAUCAAGAUCCAACUGAUCAGGUCUUUAGGGAUGUCCUGGAAAAUUCCCAGUAUUUCCUUGACCAUUCCCGGGACAACAUUGAUCUUGUAGACAUGAAGUUUUACACUAAUAAGCUUGGGAAAGCUAUUCAUCACUUCAGGUCUGCUCUGCAGGUGGUGUUUCACAAACUGGAGACAAGCGAUUCUGAAGCCCUUCUGGAAGAUGAUAGUGGCUUACAGAUGGAUGAUGACAAUACACUGAUGCUGACCAGUUCAGGUAUGUGUGGCAGCUCUGACAACUUUGCCGAAACCCCUCCUAGUCAGUCCUCUGAGAGCCAGGCAAACACAACUGCCAACAGUGAAGCAUCUGGUCAGAUGCAGCUUGUUCCUUCCAGCCUUUCCUCUGUUCCACAUGAGCCUCCCGUUUCCAGUGCGAUGCCAUCUUCCGAGUGUGAAAUCCCGGCUGGGCAACGCUUACCUCCUGAGGAGCUGGGGGGAGAUGUGAACUCUCUACCUGAGCCAGCGAAGGACUGCAGACCGAUGAGCCUCGACAAGGUUUGCGCAGAGACCAUCUACCUGAACAAAUGCAUCAACAAUUUCAAAAAUGUGCUGAGGGAAAAGAGACAGAUGCGUAGGAGACUCUUAAAAGAAUUAGCACAGGAAGGAAACUGGAUUUCUGCUGAGGAGACAAAUUCAGAAGGAGGUAGAGGAGAGCUCCAGGGUCAAGAUGAGGCUGAUCCGUCAAAACCACCGUGGCUCAAAGGAGGGCCUGCAGGUGGUCUCUAUGGCAUUGAUAGCAUGCCCGAUCUGCGCAAAAAAAAGCCAAUUCCACUUGUCAGUGAUCUGUCACUGGUUCAGUCCCGGAAAGCCGGAAUUACCUCAGCAAUGGCCACUAGAACAUCUCUCAAAGAUGAAGAGCUGAAAUCUCAUGUCUAUAAGAAGACCUUGCAAGCCUUAAUUUACCCCAUCUCAUGUACAACCCCGCAUAACUUUGAAGUGUGGACAGCCACAACCCCUACCUACUGCUACGAAUGUGAGGGGCUGCUGUGGGGUAUUGCACGGCAGGGAAUGCGCUGUGGAGAAUGUGGAGUCAAGUGCCAUGAGAAGUGCCAAGACUUGCUCAACGCUGACUGCUUACAGAGAGCAGCAGAGAAGAGCUCGAAGCAUGGAGCUGAAGACCGAACGCAGAAUUUCAUCAUGGCAAUGAAGGAUCGCAUGAAAAUCCGGGAGCGGAACAAGCCGGAGAUCUUUGACUUGAUUAGAGAUGUGUUCUGUGAGAGCAAAUUGACACAUGCUCAGCAGAUGAAGACAGUGAAGCAGAGUGUGCUUGAUGGCACCUCCAAAUGGUCAGCAAAGAUCACUAUCACAGUGGUGUGUGCUCAGGGUCUUCAGGCUAAAGACAAGACUGGGUCCAGCGAUCCGUAUGUAACUGUUCAAGUGGGUAAAACAAAGAAGAGGACAAAAACGAUUUUUGGGAAUCUGAACCCUGUAUGGGAAGAAAAGUUUUACUUUGAGUGCCAUAAUUCUUCUGACCGAAUCAAGGUGCGUGUCUGGGAUGAAGAUGAUGACAUCAAGUCUCGUGUCAAGCAGAGACUGAAGCGCGAGUCGGAUGAUUUCCUGGGGCAGACAAUCAUUGAAGUCCGUACUCUUAGCGGAGAAAUGGAUGUGUGGUACAACCUUGAAAAGCGAACAGAUAAGUCUGCAGUGUCUGGGGCUAUUCGCCUACAAAUCAGUGUGGAGAUCAAAGGCGAGGAGAAGGUGGCUCCAUAUCAUAUUCAGUACACUUGCCUUCAUGAGAACCUCUUUCACCAUCUCACAGAUGUGCAAGGGAAUGGGGUGGUGAAGAUCCCUGAUGCCAAAGGAGAUGAUGCCUGGAAGGUGUAUUUUGAUGAGACAGCUCAAGAGAUAGUGGAUGAAUUUGCAAUGCGUUACGGCAUUGAAUCUAUAUACCAGGCCAUGACGCAUUUUGCAUGUCUCUCCUCUAAAUACAUGUGCCCAGGCGUGCCAGCUGUGAUGAGCACCUUACUUGCCAAUAUCAAUGCUUAUUAUGCGCACACCACUGCCUCCACGAAUGUGUCUGCUUCGGACCGCUUUGCAGCCUCCAAUUUUGGGAAAGAACGAUUUGUGAAGCUUCUGGAUCAGCUUCAUAAUUCACUUCGGAUUGAUCUCUCAAUGUACAGGAACAACUUUCCAGCCAGCAGCCGGGAGCGGCUGCAGGACCUGAAGUCUACAGUGGAUUUGCUGACCAGCAUCACUUUUUUCAGGAUGAAGGUCCAAGAGCUGCAGAGUCCACCCCGAGCCAGCCAGGUUGUGAAGGACUGUGUGAAAGCUUGCCUCAACUCCACCUAUGAGUACAUUUUCAACAACUGUCACGAGCUGUACAGUCGAGAGUACCAGACAGAUCCUAACAAAAAUCAGGACCUUCCUCCUGAGGAACAGGGCCCCAGCAUCAGGAACCUGGAUUUCUGGCCCAAGCUCAUCACUUUGAUAGUCUCCAUCAUAGAAGAGGACAAGAAUUCUUAUACCCCAGUCCUGAAUCAGUUUCCUCAGGAGCUUGCUGUUGGGAAGAUCAGUGCAGAGGUGAUGUGGAGUCUUUUUGCCCAGGAUAUGAAAUAUGCCAUGGAAGAGCAUGAGAAACACAGACUGUGUAAAAGUGCAGACUAUAUGAAUCUACACUUCAAAGUGAAGUGGCUGUACAAUGAAUAUGUUCGUGAUCUGCCUGCCUUCAAGGGAAAAGUGCCUGAAUAUCCAGCGUGGUUUGAGCAGUUUGUGAUGCAGUGGCUGGAUGAAAAUGAAGAUGUUUCCUUAGAAUUCCUGCAUGGUGCUCUGGAGAGAGAUAAAAAAGAUGGGUUCCAGCAAACAUCCGAGCAUGCUCUGUUCUCCUGCUCAGUGGUGGAUGUCUUCACCCAGCUCAAUCAGAGCUUUGAGAUCAUUAAGAAGCUGGAGUGCCCAGACCCUGUCAUUGUUGCUCAUUAUAAUAGGAGGUUUGCUAAGACUAUUGGGAAAGUGCUGAUGCAGUAUGCUGACAUUCUCUCCAAGACCUUCCAGUCCUACUGUUCCAAGGAGAAACUGCCCUGCAUCCUGAUGAAUAACGUCCAACAACUGAGGGUGCAGCUAGAGAAGAUGUUUGAAGCCAUGGGUGGUAAAGAGAUUCAGGAAGAUGAAGAAAAAGCUGCUGAUGCUGAUUUGGAUGCAGAAGCAAGUGACCAUCUCAAAGAGCUCCAGGUGAAGCUGAACAAUGUUUUGGAUGAGCUGAGUGCUGUGUUUGGUAACAGCUUUCAGACUCGUAUUGAUGAGUGUGUCAAGCAAAUGUCUGAUAUCCUCUGUCAAGUGAAAGGGACAGGAAAUGUUGCUGCUAAUGCCAGAAACACAGUUGCACAAGAUGCAGAUAAUGUCCUGAGGCCCUUGAUGGAUUUCCUGGAUGGAAACCUGACACUGUUUGCAACCGUGUGUGAAAAGACAGUGUUGAAGAGGGUGCUGAAAGAGCUCUGGAGGGUAGUAAUGAAUACCAUGGAGAAGCUGAUUGUGCUGCCUCCUCUGACAGAUCAUACGGAUCAUAUGGUGAGAGAAGAAACUAGGAGUCUCACUCCAAAGCAGUGUGCUGUUUUGGAUCUGGCACUGGAUACGAUCAAACAAUAUUUCCAUGCUGGUGGAAACGGACUGAAGAAAACCUUCUUGGAGAAGAGUCCAGACCUGCAGUCACUUAGAUAUGCACUCUCUCUCUACACUCAGACCACAGACACUCUCAUCAAAACCUUUGUCCAGACUCAGACAGCUCAGGUGCAUGAUGGGAAAGGUAUUAGAUUUACCGCUAAUGAGGACGUUCUUCCAGAUAAGGGCUCUGGUGUGGAUGAUCCUGUGGGGGAAGUGUCUAUACAGAUCGACCUGUAUACCCACCCUGGAACUGGUGAACACAAGGUCACAGUGAAAGUUGUGGCAGCCAAUGACCUGAAGUGGCAGACAUCUGGCAUGUUCCGUCCGUUUGUGGAAAUCACUAUGAUUGGGCCCCAACAGAGUGACAAGAAGAGGAAGUUCACAACCAAGUCAAAGAGCAACAACUGGGCUCCCAAAUACAAUGAAACCUUUCACUUCAUAUUGGGAAAUGAAGACGGUCCUGAUGCUUAUGAGCUCCAAGUCUGUGUGAAAGACUACUGCUUUGCUCGGGAGGACCGGGUACUAGGGAUAGCAGUGAUGCAGCUGAGAGACAUAGCAGACAAAGGAAGCUGUGCUUGCUGGUGCCCCCUGGGGCGCAGGAUUCACAUGGAUGAGACUGGACUUACAAUCCUGAGGAUUCUCUCUCAAAGAACCAAUGAUGAAGUUGCCAGAGAAUUUGUGAAGUUGAAAUCUGAGUCCCGCUCCACAGAGGAAGGCACCUGAGCUGAGCUGUGUAGUAUUCCCUUUUCUCUUCUGCCUUGUGCCAAUAUGUGCAAGUGUUCAACAAUUCUCUUUUAUUAAUCACAAAAGUUUCUUUCUUGUUGUCUUUGUCAGCUCUGAUAGCGCACGUGUGCUGUACAGGAAACAAACCCAUCAGUCUGAUGUGAGUUAUUUAUUUUUUAGUAGCUGGGUUAAGGCACCAUAGAGAAUGAGACAGUCUCUUGUUAUUUAAGAUGUGAAUUCUGCUUUGUAUAUAUAAAUUAUUUUAUAUUGGAGGCUGGGUAUGCUGGGUUUUGUUGAUAUGCAGCACUGUGAUUUUAUCCUCUGAAGUUGGCAGAUGUUGAAAAGGUUCUACAUAAUCACACUACGAUACAAACACACAGGUGGGUGGAAAUUGGGAGAAGAAGAAGGAUUUGGGACUUUGGCAAAUCACAGUUAUCUCUCAUUGAAUUUGUGUACUGUGGAGCUGCCAGUGGGUGUUCUGGCACAGAUUAUACCAAUGUCCCGAUACGAUACGCAGACACCUCAACGUCUGCUUACAAAAUAAGUUGCAAAUUGCUCUGAAGAUGCACACCAGAUGCAUAUGACCAUGGAUGUGCUGCUGUGAGCAUGGGUGAGAUCAGUUGGACAAGGGCAGAGGGGCCUAAGAUCUCACAGCCAAAAGCUGCAAAGACAAUACAUCAGGAGCAGACUGCAGCUGCCCUGCUAUUGUAAUUAGACUGUGUGUCUCGGAGAAUAUAAAUCCCCAUGUGCUGCUGGGAAAUCUGCAUCACCACGGGGUUGCUGUAAGCUGCUAACUCCGCAAGUCACACUUUGGCUACCAUGACCGACACGGUAAGGAAGGGAACAACAUUAGAGCCAUGACAAAGAGCAUGGCUGCUAUAUACUUUUUCCACUUAGAUACUCUUUCAUUAGUUAUUUGACAUAGGAUUGGAUAAUUUAAUACUUGCAGGCUUUCUGUAGCAUUUUGUUAUCCUGUAGUAGCUGAGACCAUUCCUCACUAUGAACCCAGAAAUGAUGGUUUGCUUGGGAGAGAUCAACACGUCUCCUCUCUGCAAGCACUCAGUCUGGAGUGCUGGUCAAAGAGCAGCAGGUCCAUUUGGUUUAUCUUGAAGUCUCUGUUGGCCGUGCUGCAGCUGAUCUGUGCUGUUUGUCAUUAAUCUGUGUUUUAACUAUACCAUUGAAAAUAUUUUUGCACUGUCUUAAAGAAGCAUCCUUGUUUUGUUUUCUUGCAAAACAAAACACUGUCCUGAGCAAAGUGAUAGCAGGGAGGUCAGAAUUUCUGACUGAAAAUUCAGAAGCAGGAAGGUCUGGAGAAGCGAUUACACCUGAGGUAUGUUUGUUAGAGGGUUCCUAUUUUGGGGAUACUUUGGGGAUAUAUUUUUGCUAUUUCCAGCUGCCCUUGUGCUCUGGAAAGGGCAGCUGGAACAAGCCAGUCCUUGCCCAUGAAGUACUGUAAUACUGUCAAUAAAUAUAAGGACUGUGUAUUGAAUGACCUUUUUUUCUUUUUUUUUUUCUAUUUUCUCUGACACUUGUACAGCUGUGUAACUCCUAUUUCAUGGGCCUGCUCAAAGAGCUCUGAGAUGGCACAUCUGCUUUGUUGUUGUCCAUGGUGUGUUAUAAUAGUGCUCUUCAAAACUCCAUGCUAUUUGUCAUGAUUUUGAAUCAUUGUACGUGCCAUUGUUAUGAGAACUGUUAGUAGUCUUUAAUAAAGUCUUUUAGCAGCAUUUGGAGUCAUCUGUUGAAAUGAAAUCGUAAUUGGGUUUGCUAAAUCACACAGGGUGGUAUUGCUACUACAUCUUUGCAAAUUACUCUUGUUUAGUACAUAGGUAUUUCUGUGGUGCUGUAGAUGCCCAGCAAAAGGUCUGAGUCAGAAAAUUCCACCUCCUCCAUGGUCACUUCACCUUUGACAGCUUUCCCUGAAGUUCUUGGCUUUUGGUAACAUGCUGAGACACUGCAGAAAAUCAUAAAGAAUAACUUACUUUCUUUUCUUCUCCUAUCUGGCCUUAAGUCAAGUUCCCUCUGCACUCAAAUAGCCUCCUGAAGGUGUUGAGUGGAAAGACUCAGGCAGGCAGUAGGAUAUCUGUAAAGUAGGAUACUUUACAGAUAGCAUGUGAAGAAAAAUAAUUAUGUGUCAAACUUGAUUUGUGGCUUGCCAUCUGAUACGAGCAUUAAUACUCUGUAAAUGGUAUUGACAAGAGAUGAGAGAAUAAACCUUCUUGAUGUCAAGUAAACUAC